UUGUACAUGUAUGUAACUCUAUUCGUUCGACAAAAGAAAAGUGGUAGUUGUUUUUCACGUUGUGCAAAAAGAAAGGCCGGUUGCAACAUCUGCAAGUCCAUACGAACACCAUCCGCAGCAAAGCGUUGUUUUCAGGCUCCGCACUUGAUGAGUCUCCGCAUACAUUACAUUACAUGGGUCUCUUCAUCUUGAAUCGCAUGGUCUAUUUGAUUAUCAUAGUCACCAUGUUCACGGCUUUUGUGCCACCAUCCAUUUGUAUUCUGAGCCCGGAAGAGGUGGCAAAAAUCCCAGUUAAAUUCCUUGACUUGGCGAAAAAGCAGGAGGUUUUGGAUUGGAUGGUGGGUGUUAGAAGGAAGAUACACGAGAACCCAGAACUUGGAUUUGAGGAAUUCGAAACAAGCAAGCUUAUCAGAGCCGAGCUUGACAAGAUGGGCGUUCCUUAUAGGUACCCACUUGCUGAAACCGGUUUGGUUGGUUAUAUUGGGACUGGAAUGCCUCCUAUUGUUGCCAUUCGAGCCGACAUGGAUGCUCUACCGCUGCAGGAGAGUGUGGAUUGGGAGCACAAGAGCAAAGUCCCUGGAAAGAUGCAUGCUUGCGGUCACGAUGCCCAUGUUGCUAUGCUUCUUGGUGCUGCAAAAAUCCUUAAACAACAUCAACACCAACUGCAGGGAACUGUGGUUCUUGUUUUUCAACCUGCUGAGGAAGGAAUUGGGGGUGCAAAGAAAAUGGUAGAAGCAGGGGCAGUGGAAAAUGUUGAUGCCAUCUUUGGAUUGCAUGUCUCAGUUGAUUUCCCAAUCGGUUCAGUUGCUUCCAGGUCUGGCCCAAUUUUGGCCGGAAGUGGUUUUUUCGAGGCAAUAAUAAGUGGGAAAGGGGGUCAUGCUGCCAUUCCCCAGCACACAAUAGACCCAAUCUUAGCUGCUUCUACUGUAAUUGUCAGUUUGCAACAACUUGUUUCGCGUGAAGCUGAUCCCUUAGAUUCACAGGUAGUAACAGUAGCAAAAUUCCAAGGAGGGGUUGCAUUCAAUGUUAUUCCAGAUUCUGUCACAAUUGGUGGGACAUUUAGGGCAUUUUCAAAAGAAAGCUUUAUCCAACUUAAACAAAGAAUUGAAGAGGUUAUCACAAGACAAGCCAGUGUUCAAAGAUGCAAUGCGACUGUAAUAUUCGAUGAAAAUGAGAAGCAGCCGUUGAUUCCAGUGACAGUAAACGACAAAGAUCUGCACAAACACUGGAGAAAUGUGGCAGAGAAUAUGCUAGGCAGCAAGAACGUAAUAGAAAGGCAACCACUUAUGGGAGCAGAAGACUUCUCGUUUUAUCAAGAGGUGGUUCCAGGAUACUUCUUCUUCGUUGGUAUGAAAGACGAGACUAAAUCAACACUGAAAUCGGGGCAUUCACCUUAUUACACAAUCAAUGAAGAUGUUCUUCCAUACGGAGCCGCGUUACAUGCAGCAUUGGCAGCCAGGUAUCUCGCGGAAAAUCAUUCCAAAUCGACUUUCACUUUCCCAGAGGCAAGCUCACACGACGAAUUGUGAAGCUGUUGGGACUUUUUCGAUGGGUAAUAUUAGAGUAUUACUGUGGGCCUUUUGCUUGGAACCACUAACCGCGUGCUGUAUUUGUAAAAUAAUAAAUACACUGUGCACCGACGAUAAAAAAAGAGAGUAUUUUCAUGA